AUGAGUGAGAAAAAGUUCAGAAUUGCAUUGGAGAAGCAACUCGAAUUAUUCAGAACUGCAAAUGAUUGGUCUGACUUAGUUGCAUAUCUAACAGGCCUAGAAGGCAUCCUUAGAGUAAACAAGUACACGCACAUUCCUAGGCCGCAUCUCCUAUACAGAAGGCUAAAUCAGUGCCUUAACCCAGCACUACCUGCUGGCGUGCACAUGAAAGCACUUGGCGUAUACAAAAUUGUCAUGCCAAAGCUAUCACAGGUUAGCCUGCUGCAGGAAAUAGAUGUGCUUACUUUAGGACUGUUCGGGUUUUAUUCGCAUUCAAAUCUCACAAGCAUUCCUAGCUAUCUUGCGGUGCUUAAGCAGAUAAUUGAAGUGCUUGGGGACAAAACCAUAAACAUCUGCAAGAAAAUGAUUCUUGGGAUGAUUAUGGGCUUGGAGGAAGAGAAUAGCGAGCAGUACGGGAUGACCCUUCAGGUACUGAAUAUUUUGGAGGAAAAGGUUGGGGCAAAGACUGUUUUAGUAAACACAUGGGAGGCCAUGGGGCAGUGCACAGAACUUGUCCCUGGGUGUCUUAUGUAUAUUCUGCGGGUGGAUAAGGGCCUGGAAGUGAUGCGGGGCCGGAGUGACAUGCUAAGCAAAGGGUUUGUGUCUGCCCUAAAAUCAAAGGAGAUCAUCACCCUUAGGAAGAGCUUUGAUUUGCUGCUUUCCUACAAGACAGAUGGUUUAGACUUACAUCCGUAUAAUGAAGAUGUGUCUUUAAGCGUAUUAAAACUGCUUUUAUUAAAGGAAAUCUCCCUCCUGAAAAGAGUGCAAAUGUGGAUCACACUUUUGAUAAAACAGCCAGAUGGGAUUGACCUAAUAUUUGCAUCAAUAUGCAUGUUAUUUGAUGAGUCACCCAGUGCGUGCUUUAAGAUACUAAUGGCAAUUCGGCAAAAUAUUGAAGAAUCGCCGGAAAUAUUUAAGCGCCUUAUACUGUGGAUACUUUCCGUGAUAGACGUAGAAAAUGAAGUGUAUGCAAGUGCAUUCUUCAAAAUACUUGAUAAGCGGAUUAUUUGGGAGAUAUUUUUAGAUGCGCCACUUGACAUGGAGCUCAUAAAAACAGCAAUUCGAUACAACCUGAUAGACGAGCACACACAAACAACAGAACUCCCGCUUCUUAUAACCCGAUGCAUAAAGAGUAAGAUAUACCCGUACGAGUGGCUGGAUAUAAUACAGCCUGUGGACUCUGCGUAUUCUUUGAUUUGGGAUGAAAUUAAAGCACACUUAGAGGACAGGGAGAUAAAUAGACUGCAGCCAAUUCUGUUCUUCCUGUCGAUUCCAGUGACUGCAAAGCUACUAGAUACGUAUACAUCAGCUGUUAAGACAAUUGGAAAAGUAUUCUUGGAGUACUGGAGUUGUCGCGAAAAUUCAAAGAAGGUGCACGCAAUGAUCACAGAUUCUCUGACAAAGAUUGUUGUGCCGUGUGAGUUAUCAGAAGAGGAGUGCACUAUUCUGUAUGAGGCAGCUGUCCUGGAUGCAGAUACGUUCUGGGCGUAUGAUGAAAUAUUUAAUGGAAAGCUACAAAGCCUCUUGCAGAAAAGAAUAAUAUACCAAGGGACUAGAGUACGCCCAUCACUCGAUCAAUCUGCAGAACUAAGCCAAGCAUUCUCUUUAGUAGAUCAAUGCAAAACUAGCAAAGUAAGUGCACACUUUCUGUGCUUCCUAAUUUCAUUCUGCUCCUCGCGCAGUUAUGCUGUCCGGCAGAAGGCCAUAAACCUCUGCAGAAAAGUCAAUGAAAAUGCACAAAUAUUUACAGAAAUAUUUGAGAGCUUAAAUUGGCCGUGUGAAAGGCAGAUUGAAGAGACUAUCUUCUUGGUGGACUGCGAUUACAACAGGGUCUUAUUCGGUCUGCAGAUUCUAGAUAGCAUGCUGGAACAUUCAUGCAGUUUCAGAGCCUUUUUAAGAAAUCAUCAAGAAAUCCCAGAAAUGAAAGUGGCAGAAAUAUCUGAUCUAUCAGGAUACUAUGCAUCGGAUGUACCAGUAUGCCCUGCUUCCGUUAUUUUACACUUGCUUCUAAUGUAUGCAACAGCUGAAUUUACAAACUCAAAAAUCAUGGAUGGGCUACCUUACAUAGAACAAGCAGGAAAUAACAGUUGUCUUGCCCUGAAUAUUCAAGAGAUCAAAGAGACCUCCCUGAGACUCCUUAAAGAAUUGGUCUGCACAGACUUUUCUUCAGUUCUAUUUUCACUUCACACAUCCCCAGCAGCUGCAAUCCUGCAAAGUGUUACAACAAGGCAUAGCAUACCACACGCCCUGGAUAUAUUCUUCCUCUUAAAGAGUGACCAAGAAACAAGUGACUUACUGGAAAUAUUUAUGCAAAGGGAAAAUAUUCGUACAGAAAUCAUAAUAUACUGUGUAAAGCAAAAAAAGAGCAGCGUCCUUCUGGAUUUGCUUGAAUUUAUUUCUGGCUUAAUAAAAGACUUUGACAAAGAAGAAGCGGCAGACAAUAACAGAUGGAAUAUUCAUCAUAUUCAAUAUAUCUUGCAGCACUGCAUAUAUAUGGGUGCAUCUGGCCUGAAAAGUACGUGCUCCAAUGACCAAAGCAUCCCCGCGUGGCCAGAAAAAGGAGAGUACGUGUGUUAUUGUGGUAUGGAGUUUUCAGACGUAUUUGCAGAUGGCGGAAUGGACAGGAUAUCGCACAUUUUACUAAAGACAUACGCCGUAAUAUACAGUAGACUGUCUGCACUCAAAUUAAAUGCAGCAGAAAGUGUGGCUGCAGAGGAAUACGAAUGCGAGAAUAAUUUGGAGAUACUUUCUAGGUAUGUGCUUGUAGUUCAUAGUAAGUCACCGGGUAUUCUGGCAGAGGCAAUCCUGAGUGAGUACCUGGAAAAUCGCCAGAUCCAGUUUAUAUCCAUAAUUGAGAAAACCAUUGAGCAGCAGGUUUUCCUGCAUAUGCUUGGGAGUGACUUAAAGGGAAAGUAUAAAUUGCUUAGGGAGUGGGCAGAAUACACCAAGAAUGAAAGUAUAUUUAUGUCCUCACAGGUGCAUACGCAUAUUGCAACAAUUCUAGCACAGGUGAAGAUGUACCCAAAAACAAGUGAUCUUUUAUGGUUUUGUUCUGCUUACUUAAAGUCAACUAGUUCUGCAGCAGGAACUUCUUUAGGAAAUAAGGUCUUAGAGUCUUCUGUUGUAUCUGCAAGUAAAUUAGGCAUAAAAAAGACCCUCCCAGAUAAAAUAGAUAACACAUCAGAUAUGCUUGAUCUGCUGAAUAUUAUUGAUACGAUUAUCAUAACUGCCGUGAAAAGAGUCUAUUCCCUGGAUACAUCUGCCAUUUGGAGCAUGCUUAUACUUCCGUGUUAUAAACUGCCUGUAAAUAAUGCUCUCUACAGCAAAUCACUCGAAAUAACAAGAAGCCUAGUGAAACUCCCAGAAAGUAAAACCUGCAGAAGAGACUUCUACGAGCAAAUAUUAUCUGAAAGGUUUUUCAAGGACACCCUUCCUAAUAUUCACAUAAAGGUACAUAUAGGCGCAUAUUUAAUUGACUGCGAUAGGGUGCAGGAUUUAAUUAAUCGUGCCAACACGACAAGCUUUUUCAUCCGUGAAUCAGACAUUAUUUCCAGGGCAUCCUUGAUAAAAAGAGUCCGUUACAUGAUUUUAUGUGCCCCAAAGGACGAAUAUACACAGAACCUUCCUGGAAUAUUCAGUUUAAUUAGUGAAAUAUUCGCAGUUUCAAGUGGCAGCAAGAUUUUGCUUGUGGAGACCUUCCAUCUUUGCCGCGUGCUUUGCAUAAAAAUGCCAAUUGACGCACUGAUAAAUAUGUGGCCCAUUUCAAUCAGUGAAGCCAUGGAUACUCUUUCCUCAGAGUCAGUUACAUCUGCCAAUGCAUCCGUGGGGUAUGCAGCCCUGCAGUUCCUGGAUCUUGUGGCAUCGCUGAAUUAUCCAGAGCUAAUUGAGUUUAGGUGGCUAGUAGAAGGACUGCCGCAUGCACUGGGUUAUACAGAAGAGGCUGCCCCAGAUACGAAUCAAUCAGAUACCACAGGGCGCAUAACCCACAGGAGACCGUGCAUUUUAGCACCCGCAGAAGAGACCAAGGAGUCGCUUAUUUCUGCAAUUCAUCAAGUAGCCAAUCAUCACAUGCAGCAAAGGAACUGCACGCAAAUGGAUCAUGCUGCGAUAAUUAAUUCCGUCGUAAAUGGGAUUCCAGAGUAA